AUUGGUAGCCUUGUGAAAUGUAAGGGAACAAAUCCCUUUAACAUUCUAAUGGUUGCCCGGAUAAAUAUAACACCUUCCUGUUCGCAAUGAAGAGAAAAGAACAAGAUGGGAAGGCAAGUAGGAAUGGCGACCAAGAUCUCAAUGUGAAGCGAACUCGAUCAAGUAAUGCAAUAUCAGUACAUCACUCCACGGUUGAUGCUGUCUCUGUAGAUUCGAAAAACGGGAAACGAACUCGAACACUUGCAGCGGCAAAAGAGAACGAUGUUGAUUCCGAAGAUUCUGCAGAGAAUGGUGAAUCAAACCCGGUCUGCAACGAUGCUGCGCUAUCAGAAUCUCAGUCUGAGGAUGAUGGUUCACCAGGUCGUCUAACCUUGAGCCCGAUUAAAGCUCAAAACCAGUCUACUCCUAGGUCUAUACGGCAUGGAAAUAAACUAUUUGCAACUCCUGUAAAGGCCAAAGGUAUAACUGGAACAGACGAAACUCCGCGCCUUCGUCGCAACAUCGAUAGAUCAGCCAGAAGGAAGAGUACUAGAACACUCAUUGAGCGUACGGUACUUGGCAAUACAAGCGAUAAUGAUGACGAAGAAGAAGAUAUUGCGAACCAAAUUUAUGAUUCAGAGGAGGAGGAUGAAGCGGAAAUAGGGAAUGAUAAAAAUCAAGUAUCUGAUGCUAUCGGCGAACCAUCUACACCUUCCAAAAGGGGACCAGGGCGAAUCAGAGGAACGACAAAUCGACAGAGAUCGUUGACACCGCCUCAAGAUCUUUCGUCUCACGAACUAUACUUCUCUCAAAAUAGGCCUGGAAGGUCCAAGACUGCGAAUUCUAAUUUAUCUUCCUUGGCGUUACUCGACCAUGAAGAGUACUUUAGUCUUGCCCGUAGCUACAAAGACCAGCAUGAAGACGAUGUGAAUUUUUUACAGGAUGUGCAUGCCAAGUCUUUCAAUCAAUGGCAAUUUGAGCUCCGUCAGGACUUCAACAUUUGUAUCUACGGUUGGGGGUCGAAAAGGUCUCUGCUCCUCAAAUUUGCUGAGCACAUCUACAACACAACGGCUGAUCAUUCCCGAGAGAGAAUAGUCGUGGUAAAUGGUUAUGUACAAAAUCUCACAAUCCGAGAUCUUUUGAAUACAAUAGCCUGCUCUAUUUCUGGCAACGGCACGAAAAUAGGUUCACAGCCAGCAGAAAUGCUUGAGAACCUCACGAAUUUACUUGAUGAAGACAAGACUCAACAUGUGAAUCUCAUUAUACAUUCUCUUGAUGGAUCUGCUCUCCGUCGCCCUGCAUCUCAAAUGAUACUCUCACGCUUAGGUUCUCACCCGCAGGUACAUUUAGUUGUGUCUGUAGACCACCCUUCCUUUCAUUUGCUUUGGGAUAGUUCGCUUCGUGCAGCUUUCAACUUCCUAUUUCACGAUUGCACGACCUUUUUACCCUACACAGUAGAGAUCGACGUUGUAGAUGAGGUGCAUGACCUUCUUGGAAGAAGUGGGCGCAAAGUAGGGGGUAAAGGAGGUGUAGGCUUUGUGCUUAAAAGUCUGCCGGAAAAUGCAAAGAAUCUUUUCAGGGUUUUGGUAGGUGAACAGCUUGCAGCUAUGGAUGAUAUCGCCGUAGGCGAACAUAAUGAUGGUGACGACGAGGAUGGGUUACAUGGGUCUGCUGGUAGGAAGAGUGAACCUGGUGUGGAAUACAGGGUACUGUACCAAAAAGCUGUGGAGGAGUUUAUUUGCAGCAAUGAGAUGAACUUCAGGACAUUGUUGAAAGAGUAAGUUUUUCCACUUCAUAUCAAUGCUUGACAACUAAUUCUUUCUCAGAUUUCAUGACCACCAAAUGAUAGAGAGUAAGAAGGAUGCCUUGGGAACAGAAAUGCUAUCUGUGCCCUUUAGAAAAGAAGAAUUAGAGAAUAUUCUUGAGGAUAUUGUAUCAUAGGGUUUUUCCGACAGUUUCAAUAUUCUUUAGCAGGGUGUUAUGGAGCUGCACAUUGAGCAUUUACCGGUAUAGCAUAAGGGGGUAUCAUAAGACGGUGCUUGGCAAAAUCCGAAGUAAUUCACAUUCAAUCACAUCAUCAUAGCCAUUGUCUUGUUGAAGAAUGGCGAGCAGUAUACCAGCUCAUGGUGAGCUCUCAGAUGAGUUUUCACAUGUUCGUUUCGGAAAGCUUCAUGGUUUGCCACUUCAUUGUCUGAAUGGUGCGUCAAAUCGUUGGUAAUGACUUUAUGGUUUUCAGAAGAGUACCUGCGUUCCAUACUUCUUAUCAAUAUCGACUUAAUCAAAUCUUCAGAUUGGCAAAUGAAUGUAGCUGUGCUUGCGAGGCUGACAAGGCUGACACCACCAAUUUUGUCUAAAAGUUCCAAAUUAUCCAGUGGCAUCACUCGACUAAUAAAUUAAAGUCUU